UUGUAUGUUUAAGCUGGCUUUGUGUUCUUUGGAGGAAAGACUGAUUUCGAUCAGCGGAAAACAAAAAUAAAUAAAUGAAAAGAGAGGGAGUGCGUGAAGCUACAGAGCUCUGUUCUUUUCUCCUUUGAAUCUUAGAUCUGUUCGCCCUCGAGCCUGCUCCUCUUUAGAUUCUGAUGUUCUCGGGUUCCCUGGAAGUUGGAUUAUCAUAUUUGUAGUUGGUAUUCUCCUUCAAUGCUUUCAAGCUGAAUGGGAAGAAAUGUGAGACACAGAAUCAUGGUGAUGUAGAUGGCGGAUAAGAGUAUCUCAGAGCGUGGUGGGAGGGGGUACAAGGAGAUGCAAAUGACUGUUGCCCAACGUCAAAGGGCUUCAAGGAGGCCCAUAUGGAUUAUCGUGUUGGUUUCUAUGGUUUGCAUCUCACUGAUAUGGGCAUAUGCCUACCCACCUAGGCAUUAUGCAGCUUGUUAUUUCUUUACUUCAUGUGACCCCUUUAAGUUGAGAUUUCCCCCUCCUCCUGCAAGAAUUCGCACCGAUGAGGAGAUGGCAGCUCAUGCAGUUAUUCAAGAUAUACUAAAGUUGCCCCCAGUUCAGACCAAGAAUGCAAAGAUAGCCUUCUUGUUCUUAACUCCAGGUUCCCUGCCUUUUGAAAAGCUAUGGGAAAAGUUCUUUUUUGGACAUGACGGCAGGUUCUCUAUAUACAUACAUGCAUCUAAGAAAUCUAUUUUGACGACACAGCGUGCGAGCCAUCUAUUUGUCAACAAAGACAUUCGAAGUGAGAAGGUCGACUGGGGUAAAAUUUCAAUGGUUGAUGCGGAGAAGAGACUUCUGGCCAAUGCACUUCAAGAUCCUGAUAAUCAACAUUUUGUGUUGCUCUCAGACAGCUGUGUGCCGUUACAUAACUUUGAUUAUGUCUAUAGCUAUCUGAUGGAUACCAAUAUAAGUUUUAUCGAUUGCUUUGACGAUCCUGGGCCACAUGGCACUGGUAGAUACUCCAAUCAUAUGUUGCCUGAGGUGGAGAAGAGUGACUGGAGAAAGGGUGCGCAGUGGUUCACAAUGAAGAGACAACAUGCGUUGUUGGUUUUGGCAGAUGGCCUUUACUACUCCAAAUUCAAACAGUUCUGCAAGCCAGGUUUGGACGGCCGUAAUUGCUAUGCUGAUGAGCAUUACUUGCCAACAUUUUUCCAUAUGGUGGACCCUACUGGGAUUUCCAAUUGGUCCAUAACUCAUGUAGAUUGGUCUGAAGGAAAAUGGCAUCCAAAAAAUUACAGAGCUCAGGAUGCUACCUAUGAACUGCUGAAAAAUAUCACGUCUAUUGACGAGAGCACACAUGUUUCAAGUGAUGAAAAGAAAGUAGUAACUAAGGAUCCAUGCUUGUGGAAUGGUGUGAAGAGGCCGUGUUAUUUAUUUGCAAGAAAAUUCUACCCUGAAGCAUUGGAUCAUUUGCUGCAAUAUUUCUCCAAUUACACAACGAUUUGAAUUACUCCUAUCUAAUUCUUUGGUUGGCUUCCGAGUUCAAUCCUAGGGGUGUAUGUAAUAUAUUGUUGCGGUGAAAGAAAAGGAAGAGAAAAGAAAAAAAAAGGUAGGAAAAAGAGAAAAGAAGGGAACAAAAUAAGUUCUAAGAGUUCUCUCUCUAAUUUGAUGAAAUCAAGAAGCAACAUGGGUGCAAGCCUUCGAGCUUUUCGGGUGGCCGCUAUGAAACUGACAGAGUCUUUUGCUUUGCUUCCUCUUGGUUAUGAUUAUUUAACAUGUCCCAUUCUUUUGUUUCUGUUUCAAUUUUAAUUCCUUGUGAACAAUUGAGUUUGUGUCAGGAUUUGCAAAUUUUGGUACAGUUGAUGAAUUUCCUAAUUUGAUUGAUUUAGUGUGAGUAUUGUUUUCCCGGCUC